AUGGAUAGAUAUCAGAGGGUGGAGAAGCCCAAAGAAGAUACUUCUAUUAACGAGAAUGAAAUUCGUAUUACUACUCAAGGAAGGAUGAGGAACUAUAUCACAUAUGCUACUACUCUUUUUCAAGAGAAAGGAUCUGAUGACAUUGUUUUUAAAGCAAUGGGACGUGCAAUAAAUAAAACCGUAAUGAUUACCGAGCUAAUAAAGAGAAGGAUUGUUGGUCUGCACCAGAACACUCAAAUUGGAUCAACUGAUAUAACAGACACAUGGGAACCACUAGAAGAAGGCCUUCUUCCUUUGGAAACUACUCGUCACGUUUCAAUGAUCACAAUUACUUUGUCAAAGAAAGAGUUGGAUACAUCCUCCACAGGAUAUCAACCCCCUCUUCCAGCUGAUCAAGUAAAACCUUUAAAUGAAUACGAAGAGGAAGGAGAAGGCUCGCCAAGGAUGCGGGGAAGGGGGCGUGGAAGGGGCAGGGGAAGAGGUAGAGGAAUGUACAACGCGGGUAUGGAAUAUGGUGAUGGUUGGGAUGGUGGACGGGGCUAUGGUGGCAGAGGACGUGGCCGUGCAUGGGGUCGUGCUUUCCGGGGACGAGGACGAGGCUAUGGUUCCCAGCCAGUUGGAUAUUACGACAAUGGUGAAUACGAUGCACCAUCUGCACCACGCGGCCGAGGGCGUGGAAGGGGAAGAGGUCGUGGACGUGAUUUUGAUGCAGGCAAUGGAGCAGCUGCUUGA